AUGAAAACGGAGCCCGUCGCAAGCGAGCCGGAGCGGGGCCUCACGGAGAACCUCGCGGAUACAUACGUGUCAUCGGGGAGCGCGUGCGUGGAUUUCCUCUUCCACGUGCUGCCGCAGACCGAGCGCGACGAUGCGCACCGGCGGCUCGAGGCUGCAUGGGCGGACGACCCAGCCACGGCGCUGCGGCUCGUGAUGCAGCUGCGCGCGAAUCUGUGGCUGGUUCCGGAAUUCGGGUGCUUCAAGGAUCUUCUGGAGAUCGUGCGGCUCGCUCUGGCGGAGGAAGGCGUAGACGCCAUGGAGGACGGUACGGUGCCUUGGAAUGGCACGAAUCAUGGAAAGAAGAUGAUGGGGAAGCGCGAUGGGAACGGGAGCAGGGGCGGCAAGGGAGGCAAGAGUCGUGAGGAGCGGGUGGCGGAGAACAGGCGGCAGAUGGCGGAGGAGAGCGAGCGCGCGGCGGUUGUGCGCAAGGAAGCGCACGCGCGGAGGGCGGCGGCGGUGGCUCACGCGUACGAGUCGAGUGAGCGGCUGCGCGCCCUGCACAACGCGGUGGGGGCCGUCUUCGCGGCUGCGCUGAAGGGGGACCUGGAGACGAUGCGCGCAUUUGAAGAGAAGCGCGCGCGGAAGACCGCAGAGGGGGGAGGGGCGAAGUCGGAGGAGGGGGAGUUGAAGAAGGAAAACGAGAAGGCAGAGGCAGGGGAGAAGGCUAUGGAGGUAGAGGGGGAGGGGCUGAAGGAAGAGAAAGAGGAGAAGGGAGGGGAUGGCGAGAGCGGUGGCAAGGGCAAGAAGAAGCGCAAGUGGAUGGGGAUGCCGGCGCCGAAGCUGUCUCUGGCUGCCAAGUGGGCCCCCUCCCCUGGCAGGUCGUUCGACCACUGCACUCUCCUCACCUCCUCCAUCGCCCUCCAACUCUUCCCCCAAUCCUCCUCCUCUUCCACUCCUUCCUCUGCCGCUCCUGCUGCUGCUGCUGCCGCUAAAUCCGAUGCUGCUGAUGCCGAGAUGGAUGUGGACGGUGGAGCAGCAGCGGGCGCGGGGGGGUACGUGCGCGCAGCAAAGGAGCGGCUGCAGAGGGAGGUGCUGGCGCCGCUGCGGAGAGUGCUGGAGGUGCCCGAGGUGCACAUGAGCAGCGGGCGGUGGGAGCACGUGGCGUACGGGCGCGUGCCAUCCGUCUGCAUGAAAAAGAGCCGCAAGCUCUUUCUCUCCCAUGACGAGGCGAGGUUCAAAGAGUACCUCGAGGAUGUGAAGGGCGGGGAGGCAAAGAUCGCUUCGGGAGCGCUGCUGCCGCAUGAAGUGGUAAAAACGGCCAUGGAAUCAGUGGGGGAUAGUGACGAUACAGUGGGUGAGCUCCAGUGGAAGGCCAUGGUGGCUGAUGUGCGCAGCAAGGGGUCGUUCGGGAACAGCAUGGCGGUGUGCGAUGUGUCGGGGAGCAUGGCAGGUAUACCCAUGGAGGUGGCCAUUGCACUGUCGCUGCUCGUGAGCGAGGUGAGCAGCGAGCCGUGGAAGAACCACCUCAUUACCUUCUCCGCGCAGCCCACAAUCCACCGCGUGCAGGGAGAGACGCUGGUGGAGCGCGUGAGACGCACGCAGCACAUGGACUGGGGCUACAACACCAACUUCCAGGCGGUGUUUGACCUGCUGCUGUCCCGCGCGCAGCAGUUCCAGCUAGACCCGGCCGACAUGGUGCAGCGCCUGUAUGUGUUUUCUGACAUGCAGUUUGACGAAGCAGGCAGGGCUAGUGAAGGCGACUGGGAGACGGACCACGAGGCGAUUGUGCGCAAAUACACUGCGGCGGGUUACCCUGUGCCGCAGAUAGUGUACUGGAACCUGAGGGGGGAUGCGUCUGCGAGCAGCACGCCUGUGGCUGCGAGUGAGGAUGGGGUGGCGCUGGUGUCGGGGUUCAGCAAGGGUAUGCUGCUGGCUGUGUUGGAGGGCAAGGAGCUUACUCCCAUGAUAGUGCUCGAGGAGGCUAUCAAGGGAAAGCUCUUUGAGCUCGUUCAGGUUGUGGAUUGA